GGAGAUGUCGGCGGGGAGGACCCAGGAACAUUAUUGACGUUAUUCCCGUCUGCACGCAAGAGAUAUUUCUCAUCACAGCUGCAGUGAACUAACGUUACAGAGCGAAGAAUGGGAAGGAGUAUACGCGGGGUUUCUCACGCUGAAAGCCUGGCUGUCUCCACCGAACACCGACUUUCGCUUUUCAGCGGUCUUUUCAGGAGGGAAUAGCUUCGGGAAAGCAAGCAAGCUAGCAGCACAGGCUAGCUUCGCAGCUAAACUGCUGCCUUAUUGUGGCCCGCAACGAACCUCCCAGCUAGCAUCCGUCGCAUGCACAGAAAGAAAAAAUGGUGUACCUGUUAAAUCCUAUAGAGAACCUGAGAAGCUACAUCAACAACCGUCCACCACUGGUCAUUUUCAUGAUCAGCGUCAGUGCAGUGGCCAUCGCCUUCCUGACCAUCGGUUAUUUCUUCAAGAUUAAGGAGAUCAAGUCUCCAGAGUUGACGGAGGACUGGAACACCUUCCUGCUGCGCUUCAACGAGCUGGACUUUUGCGUGUCGGAGAAUGAAACGAUAAAGCACGGCCUGAACGAGUCGACCACGCCGGAGAGCAUGGUCGUGACCAGCGGCCAAGCUCGUUCCAGCACCCAGGUUCCCCUCCUGCUAGAGGACUCAGGUCCCAUCAACAUCUCAGUCCCCAUCACCCUCACGCUGGACCCCCAGCGCCCUUUCGGAGGCUACUCUCGCAAUAUCACCCACCUGUAUGCCACAGUGCUGGGACAGCAAGUUGGCCUGUCCGGCCGGGAAGCCCAUGAAGAAAUAAACAUCACUUUCACCCUGCCUUUAUCCUGGAACUCAGACGACUGCGUGCUGCACGGCCACUGCGAGCAGGUGGUGUUCAGCACUUGCAUGACCAUCACUGCGGCCAGCAAUAUCUUCCCAGUCACAGUGCAGCCGCCACACUGCGUGCCAGAGACGUACACCAACGCCACAUCUUGGUACAAGGUGUUCACCACAGUCCGCGACUCGGAUACCAAGUACAGUCAGGACUACAACCCCUUCUGGUGUUACAAAGGAGCCAUCGGCAAGGUGUACCACGCUCUCAACCCAAAGCUUACGGUCAUCGUUCCUGAUGACGACCGUUCCCUCAUCAACCUGCACCUGAUGCACACAAGCUACUUCCUGUUUGUCAUGGUCAUCACUAUGUUCUGCUAUGCAGUCAUUAAGGGGCGGCCCGGCAAAGUACGACAAACCAACCCCGACUUCUGCCCUGAGAAGGUACAACAGACACCAGCAGUGCUAUAUGACCUGAACAGGUGGCGUUGUCAGAGGGUUAAAAAGACAUCAGAGAACUAUGUCAGAACUUACCUGUAACAUGGACAAACUCAAAGAAACAGAAGAAAUAAAAAUAACCAUACCAGUUGCCUAGUGAACCUUGGAAAUACGAUAAGGGACACGAAAGCUCUGUGAAUGCAUUACUCUUGCAAUGUUGGGUUUCUCCAACCAAAGAUAUACAAGUGCCUGUAUCUGUCGUGUAAAUAUUUGUAGGAACUCUGAUAUUCUGUGCAAAUCCUCUCUUUCUUUUUCUUUAUUAUUCUUACGUUGUUAUUUUUGCCUGAGUCCCCUCGUGCCAUGUCAGAACAUGCAGUACAUAAACAGAGCAGAAGGCCAGAUCCAAGAACUACACAACCGUUUUUUCUAGCAGUCAUUCGGCCUCGUUUGCCAAGCAAGAGAGAGGAGAACCGCGGAGAAACGUUCUGUCACAGAUUUCGGCCUCGAUUCUUGCUGGAGAUGUUUGGACACAUCAGAACCGUCUGUAAACAGAGUAUUUUAUCUCCUGUGGUGAGAAAGCGUGAUGUUUAGUCACUCGAAUUACGUUCAAGUGAACUAAAAUAAGCCUGAAAUCCCACGUGAGGAUGCUUGCAACAUAUGUCUGAUUAAGUCUUCAGUAUGCACUUGUCAUUGCAGCUUCAACAGGACAAAUGACAGUUGGCACUUUUCUCUGCACCAGACGACAGCGUCAGCAGACGUCUGAUCAGAAUUUGCAUAAAGUAGCAAUUAGUUUAUUCAAUUCAACUCUCAAUUAUGUUUGGUCCGUACCCAAUUAAGAGUUAUGUUUCCCUGCGUGCCGGCAGUGUCAUCUAACGUGGAGCAUUGAGAUGAUUGCACUGUGCACAUUAAUAUUUGAACAGAACACAACGUCAACAGUGAAGUUAACGAGCCCCGGUGUCUCAGUUUGUAUCCUGUUAGGCCAAGUCCGCUUUAAAGGCAGUUAAAUAAGCUGCAGAGGCUCCCGUGGUUUGUGUUCGUUCUUUACUUUGAGACGAGUCGCCGCCUUUUGUUUUCCUUCGUCACUCACCUGCCUCUCGCUGCAGCAGUUCUGUAGUUUUUGGCGUCUGGACUUCGGCGACGUUCGAUGCCGUCUUCUUUGUUGCACCUGGAUGAAGCGAAACAUUAUCUUGCCUUACCUACGGUGGACUCGCUUGCUUGAAAACAGACGGGGAGAUCGUCUUCUUCUCCCUCUCCGACAUUAACUCGCCGGUCCCUUCCUCCACAGCCAUCCUUCUCUUUCUUUCUUCCAGCGUGAGGAGCCCGUGGUUAAAACCCAACUCGUGAUCUUUGUCCUUUUAUUGUAAAUGUCAAGUGGCCCUUGAGUGAUUAUAUUCUAGGAAGCUUUUGAGUUAUUUGUGCUUUUAUUUUAAGCAAAUGAUUAUCAGUUGCACAUCUUUAAGUGUUUGCAGAGUUAGUGCACCUUUAGAUUUCUUGCACAUUUUGUGUUAUUUGCUCCUGUGAUGCUUUCUUUUGUCCAAGGUCACAUGUAAACAGUGAUAUUGAACUAUAUAAAACUUGUUUCAGUUGGCCUCCUUCUGAAAAUAACUAUAAUUAUCUGUUAGUAUAUAGUUCUAUUUAUAUAACUAUGAUAAUAUAUUUAUGAUUAAAUCAUUGAUUUUUUUUUUAUUUGUAGUACAACAAAAUGUGCAAAAACUCACUUGGUGUGCGAAUGUGUGUGAGUGAGUUUGGGAAGUGUUCAGCGGCUGCAGGCGGCCUCAGACUGCGACUCUGCUCGUUUCUUUAACGCACAGGCCUGCAUGACGUUUUCACACGACUCCUCGCGUUGUGCAGAAACUAGCUGUAGCUUUAAGGAUGAAAUUCACGCUCCUCCAGUGGUUUUAUGGCGAGAGCACGUCUGACUUUGACAAUCAUUUAUUUUAAAUGUCCUGCAACACAUAUUUGCAAUAAAGAGAAAAAAAAACAGAAGUACUUUAAUUAGACGAGGUUGAGAUUGUUGCUAAAUUCUCGAGUCGCCGUCUGCUGGGCCGUUCAGACUCAAAUGUAAUGAAAUGUGUCGGCGCUUCUCUGAAAACAAACCUUCCUGUGAAGCGAGAGAGCAGCCUGAGUCCGCCUCCAGCCGCCGUCAUGUGUGGCUUCUUUUCAAUAGCAAUUACUGAUACGUUUUACUUACCUCUCUGUUAUAAUUUGUUCCAUAAUUGAUGUACCCGUUGAAUGUACUUUUUUUAUAAGCAGCAUAAUCUAAAUCUUAAAAUGCGAGAAUUCCAAGUGAUUUUAAACUAUGAGGUAGUUAGAUUGAUUUGUUUUUUUUUUUUUCAGUUUCAAAGGCUUUACUUGAAUUGUGUUUUUGUCGGAGUGGUAAUCAUAUAUUGUAAGGUUUAUCCUCUUGUGGAGAGAAUGAAUCUCUUAUUGUAUCAGACACUUUGUACAUUUGUUUGGUUUAUUUGUGUGUGUAUGUUGAAGGUUAAUGAGUGAAAGGUGAUGUGAUACCUUUUUUUUUUUUUCUCCCAUACUGAAUGAUGCGAGGACAAGUCUUCCUGAUUCUGAUGUGUUUCAUAUAUGAACUUGGAUCUGUUGCUUUUACUGUCAUCGAUCUCCUGCGCUCUCACAGUAGGACUUUUUUUUUUUUUUUUUGGAAGAUUUGGCAGCUCAGACAUUCGGAAAUGGUGGGGGGUGUUGAUGUGAAUGAAGCAUGCCAUUUUAUUGCCAAACCAUUAUGAUUUCUGUUGAUGACCUGCGUUUACCUGCUUUUAACCCCUCCUUGUGUGAUUUCAUGUUCAUCUUCGGUUAGAAUUGCAUCUCUAUAAUUGCAAAAUGCCUUAACAUUGUCCAGUUGCAUUUAAGUUUUCUUGAUUCCACAUAUCGCAUAUUGUAAAACACCCCGGCUUCACGGAGACGACUCCGAACACGGAGCUCGUUUUAUCACUUCUGAGCUCUUCAGCUCGCCGUGCUUGUUAAGUGCACAUGUAGAGAAACUGAUUUUAAAGGAGCAGAAGCUUGCCGUUGUAGUUUUCGAAUUACUCCACUAUAUCAGUAAAGAUCGGAGUAAACACAGAGGAGCCAUAUUCUCCUUAGUUGCUUCAUCUCAGUGUUCUCAGCUUUACAUUAAGCAAAACACACACGUCUCUAAUAUAAGGCUGCCACUUCACCUCGUUAUCCUUUCUGUCAUGUUAGUAGCGCUUACAGGCAAGUAUUAAGCCAACUCUGUGCCUUCUGCACUAUCGAGCUGCAUCCUCCCUGUACAUACAGUAGAUAGGACAGUAGGUUUAAUGUGGCUAGAACUCCAUUCAAACCCUUUCCCUCUCCAGUGGAACUGCUGUAAAUGAACUCAAGUUUAAAUAAACUGUCUCUAAAGU